AUGCGCGCAAUGGUGGUGAAGCGGCCGUACGGAGUCAACCUUGGGAUUGCUCCCUGGAAUGCCCCUUAUCACCUUGGUCUCCGCUCUGUCACCUUCGCGUUGGCAACAGGCAACACGGCCAUUCUCAAGGGCAGCGAGCUGUCGCCACACUGCUAUUGGGCAAUUGUCGAUGUUUUUAGAGAAGCCGGUCUCCCAGAUGGAUGUUUGAACCUGAUCUUCAGCCGCCCUUCAGACGCAAGUGCCGUGACUGAGCAAUUAAUUGCCCAUCCAUACAUGACGAAGAUCAACUUCACUGGAAGCACUAAGAUAGGAAGCAUGAUUGCCGCGACCGCCGGGAAGCACCUGAAGCCUGUUCUCAUGGAACUCGGCGGAAAAGCCAGCGCGAUCGUCUUGAAGGGCGCGGAUUUGGAAAAGGCGGCUGCAUGCUGCGCUACAGGUGCUAUAAUCAACGCCGGCCAGAUUUGCAUGUCGACUGAACGCAUUCUCGUGCAUUCAUCUAUAGCAGAUGAAUUUCGAACUGCUCUUACCCAAGCCAUCAAUCGAAUGUUUGGAUCUCCGGAAAACACACCAGUUCUUGUCACGGCUCAGUCCGCCAAACGUAACCGGGCUUUGAUUGAAAACGCUCUAUCUAAGGGUGCCAAGGCUCUGGACUGCUUCAACAACCUGGGUGAUCUCGAGGAGAGCGUCGAGACCAAGAUGCGGCCGGUAGUUUUGACGAAUGUUGAUAAGAGUAUGGACAUCUAUGGGGGUGAAUCAUUUGGACCCAGCGUCUCUCUCUAUACCUUCGAAAAGGAGGAGGAAGCAUUGGAACUGGCAAAUGAUACCGAAUAUGGCCUGGCUGCGUCAAUAUUUACAGAAGACUUGGGAGCUGCUUUCCGUGUCGCUGAGGCACUGGAUUCCGGUGCAGUUCAUAUCAACUCUAUGACGGUUCAUGAUGAAUUUGCUCUGCCACACGGUGGAGUCAAGAAGAGUGGUUUCGGUCGAUUUAACGGCUACCAAGGACUGGAUGAGUUUCUGUAUACUAAGUCUAUUACUUGGAUGGAGUCAUAA